AUGAGAGGAUUCUCCAUAAACUCCGGCGCGGCGGCGAUUUUCGCCAUCUUUCUAAUCCUCGCCGUUCAGUACUUGUCCGUAUCUUCUCACUCCGUCGAGUUCGCCGGAGAUUUUCCUCCGUUCGAGACAGAGUGCCGUGGAACAAUCGCCGAGUGCUCUGUUUCCGCCGACGUAGAAAUGGGAGGUGGUGAGUUCGAGAUGGACUCGGAGAUAAACCGGCGCAUAUUAGCCACACGGAGGUACAUCAGCUACGGUGCGCUGAGGAGAAACACAAUUCCGUGUUCGCGACGCGGCGCAUCUUACUACAAUUGCCGACGUGGCGCUCAGGCAAACCCUUACUCUCGUGGCUGCAGUGCCAUCACUCGUUGUCGGCGCUAA